AUGCUCUCCAUCGGGACCAGAGGAGAAAGACACGCCAAAACCACUGAUCCCGAGACCGUCCUUUCCAGAAGUGACACCUAUAAGCAUUUUUCUUUUCUAAUAUCUAAGGGUGGAGCUUGCUGGCUGUAUGUGAACCUGUAUCACGUUGAAAGCAGUUUAAAAACAUUGGCCCUCAAGUUUGGCAACCUGUCCACCAAUAAAGUGAACAUCACUAUUUUUAUAACAAUGCUGGAGAGUUUUCGUUUCACUCUGGACAGUGAGGAGCUGGAGGUGACAAUGCAAACAUUCGAGUGCCACUACAGAAGGGGAAAGUGGCCGACUAGACGUUACUUUAACCAUGUUAAAGAGGUUCUUACAGCGGCUGGAUCCACGGUUGGCAAAUUUCAUGACUGCACACCUCCUCCUUGCAAGACCCCGCCAGCUCCUCCUUUCACACCAGGUGAAAGCAGACAGCAGAACGGUAUGAGCGGAGCAAUUCAUGGGCUCUUGGCGCUGCUCAUCAUCCCUAGCAUGGCGCUUCUGGUCCUCACUGUCACGAUGGUAUUCAGAAGAAGCGACUGUUGUGCGCAAAGAAUGCAUGAAGUCAGCUUGAAUGAGCCCCACGACGGAGCUGAAGAAAGCAGAGCCGGGCCCCACAGCGGAGCUGCGCAAGGGCACCCUGAUUCCAGCUCUAGCAGCCAACAGGACAGGGCAUGGGUGGAUUCUUUAGGGUGUGCAGACACAGAGGUUUAAAUUAAAAAUGCAUGAGGAAACUCAUUGGAAAUGGCAAUAUUUUGCGGUGGAAAUCUCCGGGUUUACGAAGCGGACAAUGAAGGGAAUAUUUUGGCUGUUCCAGGAGGGAUACAUGGGAUGUUUCUAAACUCACUCAUCAAGCCUUACCUGCUCAUCACAAAAAAACAUCAGGCUGAAGAGACGAAUCGCAACUUGUGUCGAGCUUAACCAAUCAAUGAGAGUCUGUUAUUACGGGAUGCCAUCCUAAAAACUAUGGGAGAAUUUCAUCCGGCAGGAAGUGUGGCUCUUUGAUGAGCGCAUUGGUUGGUCUGUUGCGAUGCCCGCGGCAGCUUGCUGGCUUUGAGGAACGCUGCUGGUCCUGCAGGCCUCCGCGAGGAGGAUAAAUGGCUUUUUUGUGCCAGCGCCCCAUUGCAUGAGGACGGUGGUUUAUUUUGCACCAGAAAACAUCUUUGGAACAGAGCACGGGCUUGUCUUGAAACACGUUUGAUUUGCAGCGUGGACUACAAUGCCUAGAUUUUUGGCAUUUACUACUCAUUUGGUAACCAAUAAUGAACCUGAUGGGAUCCUCAGAAGAUCCGGUUCUUCUGAAGAGGGAGGUAUCUGACGUCUCUCGUUUCAUCCAGCUUUAACAUAUUCAAACUAUCUUUCUCACACAAACACACUCUGGCCGGAAGAACUCAACGUCUCUGUCACUCUUGAGAGGGUCUGCAAUCCAGGUCAUCGGUCCGACCGCGUUUUAUUAACUCGCACACUCCAGCGGCGCAACAAGAGCUGAUUGUUUUCGUGACAACAUGGGGAAACCCAGUGAGCAUGAGAAAAGAGCUCACAUGGUAAAGAUGUAACAUCAACAUGACUCAUGUCCCAUAAUUCAAUCUCACUUGCUAUAGCAUCUCUUGAUCAUUCCGGUGUCUGUUUUCCUGCUCGCUGUAACUCAAUAACAUUGUCUUGAGAUUAAGACCAACUGAGUAGAUUAGAAUCGAUUUUUCAAUGUUCAGAUUAGAUAGAUUAGUCAAUGUUCAUGCUGCUUCUUUCUGUACAACAAAGUGUUUGAACGCUUAAGCUGCACUUAA